CUUUCCCUCUUUGUAUAUAUAUAUAUCAGUCGGCAAUCACAUAAACUCUCUGCACAUUCUAAGAAUCAACCAUGAACAACUUGCAAGAACGCUUUUUCGAAGUCGAAAUAGAAGCUGAAAAACUCUUACUCGCAAGGCAUCAGUUGGUAGAGAACGAUAGAUUGAGGAACGCAAAUCGCGAAGCACUGACGGCUCUCAGAAAGAGGGCUCGCACCACCACGACGAGCGUUCCUUCUCCUUUCGAGUCGAUUAUGAGAGAGAUUGAAGGCUCUGUAUCGACUCCUUUAGUGAAAGAAGUUUGCUCAACUUGCGGCAAUCAUGAUUCAAUGGAGAAGACUUGGUUGAUGUUUCCUGGAACUGAUGUAUUUGCUAAAAUUCCAUUUCACGCUGCUCAUACUAUUCUAGACCAAGAUCAGUCGUGUCUGGACCUCGACUCAAGGAAAUUGCAAAGCAUUGUGAAAGAGAAAUCGUUCUUGAUCUCAGAUAAAGGUGCCAUUGCAGACAAGAUCAGCCCAGGUGUUUUCAAAUCUCUUGUUACCCUUACAGAUAAGCCAUAGUAGUAACAGAUAUUGCAGAUGUGAGUAUUAUUAUUAUCUACUCUUUGAGAUUUUCAUCCUUGAUUAUGAAAAAUUAACAAAACUUGAAAUUGGGUGUUGUUUUGUUCAUCAAAUCGAUAAAUCUCAUUGCCCAAACUUUAUUGUUACUUUCAGUUGUAUUAUCUCUUUUUUGUAAUUCAGUUUAUGCCUCCUUUCCUUCUUGGAAUGACAAUAUUGACUGAUCUAGAGGAAAUUGUUUCUCCCUUGUGUUUA